AGCUCUCCAUUACUUGCGAUCACCAUCGCCUACAAAGAAAGCACUUUACAACCCGACACCUAAAGCUUCUCGCGUUGCAAAUACCUCUUUAUCUUCGUUAUGGUGCUGGAUGAGCCUCAGUGACUGCUUAGUUUAUCAGAUAAAAAAAAUCCUCAUUGUCACAGAACCUACAAAUCUUCCUGAAUUUGAGGAUGGGUUGUUGUACCGGGCGCUGUGCUCUAAUCUUCCUGUGUAUCCUUCAGCUGCUUGCUGCUUUGGAGAGACAGAUCUUUGAUUUCCUGGGAUAUCAAUGGGCUCCCAUCCUAGCAAAUUUCUUGCACAUCAUUGUUGUUAUACUUGGCCUUUUUGGUACAAUUCAAUACAGACCUCGGUACAUUGUGGUGUAUGCUGUCUGGACAGCUCUAUGGGUCACAUGGAAUAUAUUCAUCAUCUGUUUCUAUUUGGAAGUAGGUGGCUUAUCGAAGGAAAGUGACCUUCUGACAUUUAAUAUAUCUGUGCACCAUUCCUGGUGGAGUGAGCAUGGUCCUGGCUGUGUUAGAAGAGAGAUGUCAAGCAACUAUGUGAAAAGUUUGGAUGGCCACUCCUAUAUCUCGGUGAUGGGCUGCAUUAUUGAUUACCAAUAUAUUGAGGUUAUUCACAGCUCUUCACAAAUACUGCUGGCACUCGUUGGAUUUGUCUACGCCUGUUAUGUUAUCAGUGUUUUUACAGAGGAAGAAGAUAGCUUUGAUUUUAUAGGUGGAUUUGAUUCAUUCUCCGUCUACCAUGUGCCUCAGAAACCCUCUCAUGUACUAUUAAAGCCAAUUUAUCUGUCGACAUAAGUGAAAAGAUUUUUCUACAACCAACUCUUCAGCGGACGAAGAUCACUGCAACAAGAGCAUGAAAUAACAAAAACACCAGCUCACCUGGUUCCAGUCAUCACAUUCCAAAACAAUUAACUUUUUCAAUAUUGCCUCAAAUUGCAGUCAUUUCUAAUAUAAACAUCUUUUCAGUCAAAUUGCCAUAAUUCCCCUUGUCUAGAUUGAUGAAAAUUUGCUCAUCUGAGAGGAGAGAAAAUGGGAAUUCAAGCAGUGAGUCUACAGUAGCACUUUGGGGAAUUGGUUUACAGAGUUAUUGAAGCACAUUAAGGAAAGAAACCCAGUUUAGUCAUUUUAUUAUUUCCCAUACUCUGAAAAUAAAGACAGUCAACUCUGGAGACUAAAAAAAGAUGGCCAAUUUUCUCUUCAAUUUGCUAAAUGGCUGUUCAUUAGAACUAUUAAUUUCCUUGGGAUAGAGAAAUAACAUUCUAUCCUGCCAGACAAUUAUUGUCUCUGAUUUACCAGAACAUUUAUUCAAAUUUGUUUAAACAAAUCUUCAAAUCUCAUUCAACUUUUCUUGUAUUAGAGUUUUUCACUAAUUUUUACUGUGAAUUAUUUUUUGAUUUGUGAUGUGUCAAAGACCUUAUUUGAUCUCACCUGUGCUGGCUUUCAGGCCUUGUUUCCUACAUACAAAAUCGCCCCCAUGUUAGGUGAUUUUUAGAAACAUAUUUGAUCGAAUCCUUUUCAAUUUUAAUAAUCAUUCUAAGCUAAAGAGUAAAUGGCUGACUGAGCUCAGAUGUAAUGUCUGUUUAACCACACUACUUCUGAAAUUCAAAAACUGAGUGUUAUUUCUUUGUAUAGUAUUGUUCACAGUAUCAGGAUGUUCACUGUUUGAAAUGUAGUCACUACUGUAAUGUGAAAAAAAUGUGGCAGCAAUUUUGUGCACAACAAGCUGCACAACUGCAGUAGUGAUAUUGGUCAGAUAAUCAGUUAUACUGAUGUUGGUUUUGAUGGAGAAAUGCUUUGCUGUUCUAUAUGGAACAUAAUGACCUUGGCAUCUAAGCCAGAGAGCAUAAGGAUUCUUAGUUUGACCUCACAUCUGAAGACAGCACUUCAAUCAAUGUUUUGGUCCCUUGGUAUAGGACUGGAAUGCCAGUUUAUAUUUUCAUCCACAAAUCUCUGGAGUGGGAUUUGAACCCCGAAUCUUCCAGCUAAGAGGCACAUGCUGCUAACCAAAUCAGAUUUGACACCAUAAGAAAUUUCAUUAUUUAUUAGACUGUAAAACCAGGUCUUGAAUAAAUGUCAAAGAAGUGUUAAUAUUUUUGAGGAUUUUAAUAAUUGUGAAGCAUUAAGAUAACAGCUGAUGUUUACACAAAAUUAAUAUUAGCACUUUUCCCUUUCCAUGGAAACUGCAUAACUUUGCAAAUUAAUUUGAAGGAAAACAUACUGGCUUGUGUUUAAUGUGCAUCAUUUAAUUCUGCCACCCCAUCCUGGAAGAGAUGGUAUACAAUCCCACAGUACUGCUGGCAAGAAAUAUAUUAUAUGUUUAAGUAUUUAUUAGAGCACUGAGAGAGGUGACGUUUGUAAGAAACAAUGAAAGAGGCAACAGUUUUAAAAAAUGCUAUCUGUUGGAGGGACAUGGUAGUGAAGCGGUUAGCAUAACACUAUUACAGCACCAACGACCCAAGUUCAUUUCCUCUGCUGACUGCAAGGAGCAUGUACGUUCUCUCUGUGGCCACAUGGGGUUUUCUUCAGGUGCUCUUUUUUACCCACAUUGCAAAGAUGUAUGGGUUAGUAGGUUAACUGGUCACAUGGGUAUAAUUAGAUGGCACAGGCUCAUUGGGCCAGAAGGGCCUCUUACUGAGCUGUCUCUCUAAAUAAAAAUAAAAUAAAGAAUUUAACACCACUGCAAAACUUCAAAAGUUUUAAUUUACUACCUUACAGUGGAAACUCAAUUCAUCUUAUCAAAGUCUUUCAUGCCUAGUCUUGUGAUCUACACUUAUACAGUGGCAUGCAAAAGUUCGGGCACCCCUGAUCAAA